AUGGCUACGGUGGUGACUACGGUGGUGACUACGGUGGUGGCUACUACACGGACUACGGUGGUGACUACGGUGGUCGCUGCUACACUGACUACGGUGGUGGCUACGGUGGUGACUACGGUGGUGGCUACGGUGGUGGCUACGGUGGUGGCUACUACACUGUCUACGGUGGUGGCUGCUACACGGACUACGGUGGUGACUACGGUGGUGACUGGUGGUGGCUACUACACUGACUACAGUGGUGGCUACGGUGGUGGCUGCUACACUGACUACGGUGGUGGCUACUACACUGACCACGGUGGUGACUACGGUGGUGGCUACUACACUGACCACGGUGGUGACUACGGUGGUGGCUGCUACACUGACCACGGUGGUGACUACGGUGGUGGCUACUACACUGACCACGGUGGUGACUACGGUGGUGGCUACUACACUGACUACGGUGGUGGCUACUACACUGACUACGGUGGUGGCUGCUACACUGACUACGGUGGUGACUACGGUGGUGACUACGGUGGUGGCUACGGUGGUGGCUACUACACUGACUACGGUGGUGGCUGCUACACGGACUACGGUGGUGACUACGGUGGUGGCUGCUACACGGACUACGGUGGUGGCUGCUACAAUGACUACGGUGGUGGCUACUACACUGACUACGGUGGUGGCUACUACACUGACUACGGUGGUGGCUGCUACACUGACUACGGUGGUGGCUGCUACAAUGACUACGGUGGUGGCUACUACACGGACUACGGUGGUGGCUACUACACUGACUACGGUGGUGGCUACUACACUGACUACGGUGGUGACUAUGGUGGUGGCUACUACACUGACUACGGUGGUGGCUGCUACACGGACUACGGUGGUGACUACGGUGGUGGCUGCUACACUGACAACGGUGGUGGCUGCUACACGGACUACGGUGGUGACUACUACACUGACUACGGUGGUGGCUACUACACUGACUACGGUGGUGACUACGGUGGUGGCUGCUACACUGACUACGGUGGUGGCUGCUACACUGACUAUGGUGGUGGCUACUACACUGACUACGGUGGUGGCUGCUACACUGACUACGGUGGUGACUACGGUGGUGGCUACUACACUGACUACGGUGGUGGCUACUACACUGACUACGGUGGUGACUACGGUGGUGGCUACUACACUGACUACGGUGGUGGCUACUACACUGACUACGGUGGUGACUACGGUGGUGACUACUACAAUGACUACGGUGGUGGCUGCUACACUGACUACGGUGGUGGCUGCUACACUGACUACGGUGGUGGCUACGGUGGUGGCUACUGUGGUGACUACGGUGGUGACUACGGUGGUGGCUACUACACUGACCACGGUGGUGGCUGCUACAAUGACUACGGUGGUGGCUACGGUAGUGACUACGGUGGUGGCUACUGCUCCAUUGAUCACGUUGGUGGCUGA